AUGGCUGAGAUCACCGAAAUACGAGCAGCAUACGAUGUGUCCCCCGUUCUGGCAGGCUUCAUCGGAGCUGGUGUUUUGGUUGUUGCGGUGGUGGUACUGAUCUUCAUGUGGAUGUGUUGUCAGCGACACUAUCACAGGAUGACGAACAGCUACAAGCUCCGUGGCCUCCAUUCGGAUCAUUGUGACCUGGCCGCAGACCCUCCCUAUAAAUUCAUUCACAUGCUCAAAGGCAUGAGCAUCUACCCAGAGACACUGAGCAGCAGCAAGAGGAUAGUGCGCUUGGCACGCGGCUCUGGUCGGCACGGCGACCGAGAGAGGGGUCGCGCUGUGGUCCUCGCGGACGACCCGGCGGCCGAGAGCGGGCUAUCCGAAGGUCUCCAGCUUCAGAUGGGUGACCUGGAACCCAGCAAACAGCCCAGGCUGGAAACGGAGCUGCCCGUUCACGCCGACUACUGCAGCCAAGAGGGAAGUUCCACCACCAGCAGCAGCCAGAGCAGUAGCACCAACGCUUCCAAGACGGCCACGCCCUUCACCCCGAUGGAGGAGCCCAACCUGGGCACCGUCAGCCUGGCUGUGGACUACAACUUCCCCAAGAAAGCCCUGGUGGUCACCAUCCAGAAGGCGGAGGGGUUGCCGGCUGUGGACGAGCAGGCGGGUAGCUCAGACCCUUACAUAAAAAUGACCAUCCUUCCCGAGAAAAAGCAUCGCGUGAAGACCCGAGUGCUGAGGAAGACGCUGGAGCCCGUCUUCGACGAGACAUUCACCUUCUACGGGGUGCCGUACAGCGUGCUGUCGGAGCUCACGCUUCACUUCCUGAUACUCAGCUUUGACCGCUUCUCCCGGGACGACGUGAUUGGAGAGGCUCUCGUACCGCUGGCGGGCGUGGACCCCAGCACAGGCAAAGUGGUUAUCACUCAGCAGAUCUGCAAGAGAACCAUGCAGUGUGUGAAUCGCGGGGAGCUGCUGGUCUCCUUGUCCUAUCAGCCCGUCUCCCACCGGCUCAGCGUCGUGGUCCUUAAAGCCAAACAGCUUCCCAAAAUGGACAUCACGGGACUGUCCGGCAAUCCUUACGUGAAAGUGAACGUGUUCUACGGUCGCAAGCGUAUCGCCAAAAAGAAGACCCACGUGAAGAAGUGCACGCUCAACCCCGUCUUCAACGAGUCCUUCAUCUAUGACUUGCCUGCUGAGCUCCUGCCGGAAAUUUCCAUCGAGUUUCUGGUCAUCGAUUUUGACCGCACCACGAAGAACGAGGUGGUGGGCAGAGUGGUGCUGGGCACGCACAGCCCGUCUCCGUCCGGUGUGGCCCACUGGCAGGAGGUGUGCCAAAACCCACGUCGGCAAGUCUCAAAGUGGCACAGUCUGAGCGAGUAUUAG